CUUUGAAGCGAGGCCUUUGUAAAAAUAAUCUCAUAGAACAAUUUUAUUCAUAAAAUGACAAUUCAAAAAUUUUUAUCUUCAUCAAGUCUGAGACUGAAACAGAGAUGACUGAGCUUCUUCUGAAACUUCCCAUCAUCGACUUGUCCUCGUCGGACACUUCUUCCACCGCCGCUUCAAUCCGACAGGCGUGUAUAGAACAUGGUUUCUUUUAUCUAGUGAAUCAUGGCGUGGAAGAUGAGGUUCUUGAGAAGGUUUUCUUGGAGAGCAAGAAGCUGUUUUCGCUUCCAUUGGAGGAGAAGAUGAGAUUGGAUCGCAAAGAGAACAGAGGAUAUACGCCGCUUUUUGCGGAGGCUCUCGAUCCUGUUUCUGCUCCCAAAGGUGACCCUAAAGAGAGUUAUUAUGUUGGUCGUUUAGAAGAUGAUUCGGCUGCAGUUAAAUUGAAUCAAUGGCCUUCUCAAGAAAUUUUACCUUCUUGGAGACCCACAAUGGAGACGUACUACAGAAAAGUCCUGUGUGCUGGAAAGAGGCUGCUCCGUUUGAUUGCGUUGGCACUAAACCUGGAUGAGGACUUCUUUGAGAAAGUUGGGGGCUUGGACAAACCAGCAGCGUUUCUUCGUCUUUUGCAUUAUCCAGGUGAACUGGGAUCUUCUGAAGAAGAAAUAUGUGGUGCUUCAGCUCAUUCGGAUUAUGGAUCGAUCACACUUCUUGCAGCGGAUGGUGUUCCAGGACUUCAGAUCUGCAGAGAAAAAUUUAAGCAGCCUCGGGUCUGGGAAGAUGUUCCUCAUCUACAUGGGGCAUUCAUUGUUAAUGUUGGAGACAUGAUGGAGAGGUGGACUAAUUGUUUGUUCCGGUCGACGCUGCACAGAGUAAUGCCAACAGGACAAGAACGUUAUUCCGCGGCUUUCUUCUUGGACCCCAAGGAAGAUUGUGUGGUGGAAUGCAUAGAAAGUUGCUGUAGCGAGUCCUCUCCUCCAAGAUUUCCUCCAAUCCGAAGUGGGGACUACCUCAAGGAGCGUUUUAGGCUUACAUAUGCAUCGGAUGCUGGACUCUAAACCCAUAUAUGACAGCUAUAUGAGGCUGCAUUUGGUGGGAUGUUGAGAGGUUGAAGUUAAACGUCACUGCUUGGGGGUAGAUUUUUCUCUGAUCACGGGAAAGUUUGCAUACUUUUUUAUAUCUAACAGAAACAUCCACUACUGAUGGAGUAACCUUAUUCAAAAAGCUCCAAUUUCUUUUACCUCCACCUAGAGUUGCUUAGUAUUUAUAACUUUUUUUUUUCUCUUGUCUUGGUGAAAAUUGACUAUUGGU